AGGAGGCAGACGAGAAGGAGCGAAGAAGGGGAUGAGGAGAGCUCUCUCUCUUUGUCUCUCUGGAAAGAAGGGAGACUGGCCUUCACGACAACUGAUCCUCUCUCCACCUCCGUCUGCCGAACUGAAUCACAGGGAACGAAAGAGAAAGCCCCUCAGACACUCUCACACCCACACUAGUACACUAAGAAUCCUUCCCCCCAUCCACACACACAGUUUUGACUGAGCCGUCAUGGGGACAGUGAGCGAACUUUGCGCAUCCAGUUUCCAAGCGUUCCUCCAUCCUGCGGUGAAGGAUCCGCCUCCUCCAGUGCCAGAUGACCUCACCCCUGAGGAGCAGCAUGAGCUGGAAAACAUCCGCAGACGCAAGCAAGAGCUGCUGGAAGACAUUCAGCGUCUGAAGAAUGAGAUAGCAGAAGUGACCAGUGAGAUCGAGAACCUGGGUUCCACAGAGGAGAGGAAAAACAUGCAGAGGAACAAACAAGUGGCCAUGGGCCGAAAGAAAUUCAACAUGGACCCUAAAAAGGGGAUUAAGUUCCUGAUUGAGAACGACCUGCUUAAGCACACCAGCUCUGACAUCGCCCAGUUCCUGUACAAGGGGGAGGGGCUAAACAAGACAGCCAUCGGAGACUACCUUGGGGAGAGAGAUGAGUUCAACCUCCAGGUCCUCCAUGACUUUGUGGAGCUCCAUGAAUUCACCGACUUGAACCUGGUCCAGGCCCUGAGACAGUUCCUGUGGAGCUUCCGGCUGCCUGGCGAGGCCCAGAAGAUCGACCGCAUGAUGGAGGCUUUCGCCCAGAGAUACUGCCAGUGCAACCCUGGCGUCUUCCAGUCCACAGACACCUGUUACAUCCUGUCGUUUGCCAUCAUCAUGCUGAACACCAGCCUCCACAACCCCAACGUGAAGGACAAGCCGGCCGUGGAGCGUUUCAUCUCCAUGAACAGAGGAAUCAACGAUGGAGGAGACCUUCCAGAGGACCUGCUCAGGAACCUGUAUGACAGCAUCAAGAACGAGCCCUUCAAAAUCCCUGAGGACGACGGGAACGAUCUCACACACACCUUCUUUAACCCAGACCGGGAGGGCUGGCUGCUUAAACUGGGGGGACGCGUCAAGACCUGGAAGAGAAGAUGGUUCAUUCUCACAGACAACUGUCUGUAUUACUUUGAGUACACCACUGACAAAGAGCCCAGAGGGAUCAUUCCACUGGAGAACCUCAGCAUCCGGGAGGUUGAGGACAAGAAGCCUAACUGCUUUGAGCUCUUCAUCCCAGAGAACAAGGACCAGGUGAUCAAGGCCUGUAAGACAGAGGCGGACGGCAGAGUGGUGGAGGGGAACCACACCUUCUACAGGAUCUCUGCUCCCACCACGGAGGAGAAGGAUGAGUGGAUGAACAGCAUCAAAGCUGCCAUCAGCAGGGAUCCCUUCUAUGAGAUGCUGGCCACCCGCAAGAAGAAGGUCUCCUCCAUGAAGAGACACUAGAGCUGCUCAGGACUCCUCCUCUUCCCCCCGUUGAGAGAGUUUGGACCCAUCCUGCUGAGACCCUGAGACUUGUGUUUUCAGGCCUGGGGAUGGGGUUGGGGCAGGGGCUGCAGACUGGGGGUUGGGGCCUCUUGCCUCGGUCAGCAUUUCUCUGGGAUAGGCUCUAGCUUUGGGAUUCCACAGACCGACCAACAGGACAGGGUGCAUGCUGUCCUGCCUCCCCCUCCUCCUCUUCCCCCUGCUCCUGUCUCUGUGGCUGAAUGCUCUCCGUCUCUCUCUAAACUCUUUGCUGUGUGUAUUUUGGGAGGAAGGGGUCUAUCGCUUUCUGGGUAAAAUGGAUCCCCUCCCUCAAAAAGACAUGUGCACACACACCCAUACUGUCACACACACCAAUGUCGUACACUGAAGUCAUACACACAAAACACACACACACACACACACAACACACACACACACACACACACACACACACACACCUCAUCUAAACUCAGCAGGUCUGAUGGAGUUGUUGUGGCAUCCCAACCAAAAUAUUCUUACUAGCUUUCAAAAGGAAAGGUGAGAUGCUUUUCUGUAUACGUUAAUAUGAUGGGCAACGUGUGUUUGUAGAGCUUACUACUGUAUAUAUUUCCCUCAGAAUCUUGAGCUUUUGGGUUUCAGUUUUACUUUUUGAUAAGGUUUUUAGAAAGACUGAGGGGGAAUGGGUUAUAUUGCCAACCGACGAUUUUUUUGAAACGAGAAUAAACUUUUUUGAAGUCUUUCUGUCAAAGUUGCCUCUCAGGAGAUUGUUACUUGGCUCUGGAUCGGUCUGUAUCAGGAUAAACUUAAGACUCUGUCCAAACUGUCACUCAGUAACUGAAGGAAGAGUUCAUUUACAAUGAGUUUUUAAAAUGAACAUGUUUGCCAUGACAUUUGCCUGUUUAUAUGCACAUCAUCUGUGACAAUAAUUGAGCUUUGACAGCUGUAUUCCUCCACAGCUGUUUGCCCCCGACUCUUCGUUGUUCAUAUGUGUCCCCAGAUGUUUGACAGCAGUUUAGACGUGCUAACUUUGUUGUGAAAACACACUCCAAAACACGGUUGUUAAACACAGUGUCGUGUUCAUUAGGCACCGAAACGGAAGAACGGGGACUGAAAAAGGUGGGGACUAACUUGACUUGUCCCAUGAGAUGUGUUCAUUUUCGUUUUCCAUUGUGUGCACUAAUGUACACUUCCCUGAUGAGUGGUUUGCACAUGGUCUUAGUGUGGGAUUAUGGGCGAGGGCUCAGCUAUCGCACUUCAUUUCCUGUUGGACUUGGAGGUCCAUUCAGGGGACUAGAGAGUCUGUCAGCGAGAGUGUCUGUGUAUCUGUCAGUCAGUACGGGCCACAACUCAGGGGCUCACAGAGUUUUGAGGUGUCUGGAAAUUGAGGUAUUGUCCUCAUCUGCCCUGUCCCUCUAUUCUGUCCUCUUUUCUCUUCUCUUCUCUCUUUCCUUGUCUUUCACGCAUCUCUCUUUUUCCUCUCAUAUUUCUCCUCUCUCUUUCUCUCGCUCACUUUCUGUAAAUGUAACAUACACACAAGAUAAUGGAACAAUAAUCACAUUUUAUGGUGUACAAAUGACUAGGUAUCCCCCUUUCCCGGUAUCCUAUUUCCUAUUCAUUGUCUACUUGACACUCCCAAUGAAAUGUGUCCUAUCAUGCUGCUGGUUAGCUAAUUUACAAAGAUGCUCUUUCUAAGUGGAGCUGGUUAUUUUUACCUCUUAAAUGCAACAAAGAUGCCCUCGCCUAUCUUUUUAUCCCAUAGGAGCACUCUUAAAUGUCCUUCCUCAUUUGUAGACACAGUAUAAAAUGCUAGAACAAUCCAGGUUUCACCUUCUUCAACCCACACUCACCAUCCUAAAGCAUUGGAAUAGCUCUCUCACUUAUUUCAAAUAGCUGUUGCAUCCUUUACUGUACAAUAAUACAGUAAUAAUACCUGUAAGACAAACAACGCCUAGGAAUACAGUAAAAAUACCUGUAAGACAAACAACGUCUAGGAAUACAGUAAUAAUACCUGUAAGACAAACAACGCCUAGGAAUACAGUAAAAAUACCUGUAAGACAAACAACGCCUAGGAAUACAGUAAAAAUACCUGUAAGACAAACAACGCCUAGGAAUACAGUAAAAAUACCUGUAAGACAAACAACGCCUAGGAAUACAGUAAUAAUACCUGUAAGACAAACAACGCCUAGGAAUACAGUAAAAAUACCUGUAAGACAAACAACGCCUAGGAAUACAGUAAAAAUACCUGUAAGACAAACAACGCCUAGGAAUACAGUAAUAAUACCUGUAAGACAAACAACGCCUAGGAAUACAGUAAUAAUACCUGUAAGACAAACAACGCCUAGGAAUACAGUAAAAAUACCUGUAAGACAAACAACGCCUAGGAAUACAGUAAUAAUACCUGUAAGACAAACAACGCCUAGGAAUACAGUAAUAAUACCUGUAAGACAAACAACGCCUAGGAAUACAGUAAAAAUACCUGUAAGACAAACAACGCCUAGGAAUACAGUAAUAAUACCUGUAAGACAAACAACGCCUAGGAAUACAGUAAAAAUACCUGUAAGACAAACAACGCCUAGGAAUACAGUAAUAAUACCUGUAAGACAAACAACGCCUAGGAAUACAGUAAUAAUACCUGUAAGACAAACAACGCCUAGGAAUACAGUAAUAAUACCUGUAAGACAAACAACGCCUAGGAAUACAGUAAUAAUACCCAUAGGACAAACCAAGCCUGGGCAGUGGACUGUCCGUUCCUAAUUGGAACACCCUGGAAUGUUUGGAUUGGAUUUGAGACAAAACACAGCUGUUGAUCAGGAAUGUACCACUAUGCUCCAUAGUGGUGGAACUACUCUGAUCAGGAAUGUACCACUAUGCUCCAUAGUGGUGAACUACUCUGAUCAGGAAUGUACCACUAUGCUCCAUAGUGGUGAACUACUCUGAUCAGGAAUGUACCACUAUGCUCCAUAGUGGUGAACUACUCUGAUCAGGAAUGUACCACUAUGCUCCAUAGUGGUGGAACUACUCUGAUCAGGAAUGUACCACUAUGCUCCAUAGUGGUGGAACUACUCUGAUCAGGAAUGUACCACUAUGCUCUAUAGUGGUGGAACUACUCUGAUCAGGAAUGUACCACUAUGCUCCAUAGUGGUGAACUACUCUGAUCAGGAAUGUACCACUAUGCUCCAUAGUGGUGAACUACUCUGAUCAGGAAUGUACCACUAUGCUCCAUAGUGGUGGAACUACUCUGAUCAGGAAUGUACCACUAUGCUCCAUAGUGGUGGAACUACUCUGAUCAGGAAUGUACCACUAUGCUCCAUAGUGGUGAACUACUCUGAUCAGGAAUGUACCACUAUGCUCCAUAGUGGUGAACUACUCUGAUCAGGAAUGUACCACUAUGCUCCAUAGUGGUGAACUACUCUGAUCAGGAAUGUACCACUAUGCGCCAUAGUGGUGGAACUACUCUGAUCAGGAAUGUACCACUAUGCUCCAUAGUGGUGGAACUACUCUGAUCAGGAAUGUACCACUAUGCUCCAUAGUGGUGGAACUACUCUGAUCAGGAAUGUACCACUAUGCUCCAUAGUGGUGAACUACUCUGAUCAGGAAUGUACCACUAUGCUCCAUAGUGGUGGAACUACUCUGAUCAGGAAUGUACCACUAUGCUCCAUAGUGGUGGAACUACUCUGAUCAGGAAUGUACCACUAUGCUCCAUAGUGGUGGAACUACUCUGAUCAGGAAUGUACCACUAUGCUCCAUAGUGGUGAACUACUCUGAUCAGGAAUGUACCACUAUGCUCCAUAGUGGUGGAACUACUCUGAUCAGGAAUGUACCACUAUGCUCUAUAGUGGUGGAACUACUCUGAUCAGGAAUGUACCACUAUGCUCCAUAGUGGUGAACUACUCUGAUCAGGAAUGUACCACUAUGCUCCAUAGUGGUGAACUACUCUGAUCAGGAAUGUACCACUAUGCUCCAUAGUGGUGGAACUACUCUGAUCAGGAAUGUACCACUAUGCUCCAUAGUGGUGGAACUACUCUGAUCAGGAAUGUACCACUAUGCUCCAUAGUGGUGAACUACUCUCCCAGUGCAAGACCUCUUAAGUCAGCCUUGGUAUACAUGAUUUGUUUUUAAAGUGGAAUCGUACAUGGCAUCACAAUUGCAUCCAGCAAAUGCAGCUUUAUUUGUGCAUAAAACCUUCUCUCUACUCUGUGAUCAGUGCCUGGCUGUCUGUUAUUCAUGGUUUUCCUCAUUUAUGGAGGCACAUUCAUGACAAAAAUAAAGAAGCAUCGAUAUUGACAAAUUAUUCAUCAGUAUUAGUUUUAUUUCAAUAUAUUUUUUUGUUGUGCCAAGAAUCUGCUUCCAUAGCACAUAGCCCUGUUUCCCUGAUUUAGUUUCUCCUAGCCUCGUCUCAGCAGACUGCUUAUAGAGAUGACAAGGAAACAGCAAAUAAAACAAUCAGAAAUCUAGACAGAAUUUGGUUACUGGUUAUUUAUCAAGGUUGUAUAUACUUAAAUGUAUAGUGGAUUUAUCUGUUUUUUUCAUGUUAUUUCUUGAGUUUUAAUGUAGCAAUAUGAUGUUAUUAUUAGCCCAUUUUGUUUUUGUUUCGUAGUGUUUGAUUUGAGGUUUCUAUCAUUGCCAUGUAAUCAAAAGCUGAAAUAAAGUAAAGACAAACUUGUCA